AUCCACAACACACUCAUUCACGUAAGCGAAGGCUGCACAGUCCUUUUGGGAGGACACGGCUCUGUUCUUAUACGUUUCGAGGAACGGACACGACUUCUGUUGUUUUUUUUUAACUAAUCUGAAACUUUUUGAGAUAAUCAACAUGAACGCUGUCGUCGCUCUGCAUUGCACGUUACUUAUUGCUUUGAGUCUUAUAUUUGGAAAAUACCCUGCCGAUGCCGGGAUGUGCUGGCUGCAACAGAGCCAGGAGCCGCGCUGUGACAUGGUCCUCAAGAGGGGGGUCACCCGUGAGGAGUGCUGUGCCGGUGGCCGUCUGGACACCGCCUGGUCCAACACCACCCUGCCCAUCAACGAGGUCAGCCUGCUUGGAUUUCUGGGAAUCGUGUCCUGUAAGCCCUGCAAAGAGAACUGUGAAGGAGUCAAGUGUGGACCUGGGAAAGUGUGUAAGAUGAAGGCUGGACGCCCCCAGUGUGUGUGUUCCCCCGACUGUUCCAGUAUUUCUGGGAUGAACGCCGUCUGUGGCAGCGACGGUAACUCUUAUCGAGAUGAGUGUGCCCUCCUCAUGGCCAGAUGCAGAGGACACCCGGACCUGGAGAUCAUGUACCAGGGCGAAUGCAAAAAGUCUUGCUCCAAUGUGGUAUGCCCGGGCACACACACCUGCGUGACUGACCAGACCAACAGUGCCCACUGUGUCAUGUGUCGCACGGCCCCCUGCCCGAUGCCCAUGGCACCCGAGUACCCCAUCUGUGGCAACGACAACAUCACCUACUCCAGCGCCUGCCACCUCCGCAGAGCCACCUGCUUCCGGGGCCGGUCCAUAGGCGUCCGCCACUACGGCCACUGCAUAAGUGCAGAGGGGAGUGAGGAGAAUUCCCUUGACUAACGCCUCAAAAGAUUCGGCGCGAAGCGAUAAAUCUCCCAGCGCUUGGAUUGCCUGCCUGAAAGUUCCUAGUCGAGACUUUAUGGCCGCCUUGUUAGUCUCCAGUAGCUUGAGUGUUUCGACAAUACAUGUGGAUGUGGAGGAGUCCGUGGGAAGAGCGAGUCUUCAGCGAAACGGGAGCCACUGACAUGUUGAUGCAUGCGGUACAUAUUACAUGAGCUGUUUCUUUGUUCUUCUUUGGAGAUUUUUGCUUCACUCUAGGGGAAUUGUUAUGGGUGAGAUGUGUAUAUUGUAAAUACAAUACCACUACUAUUUAUUGGAGAAAAAAAAAAUAUUAAAAAAAUUAUUUAUACCUCCCUCAUCUAGAAGUCAUAUACCCAUAGAUCAGACACAUUUUAAAGUAUAUUUAUUGUGAUAUUGUCUUGUGUUACAUGGGCAGCAGAGGUGUGAUACUGGUAGAACUGUUUUCAAUGACAUUUCUCGCUGUGGUUUAUUUAAAUGACAGUGUGAGGCCUUUCUGGCAAGCUGUGCUGGAAUCUUAAUCACAGAAUUGUAGAGCAGACAAAAAGCAAAAUAGAGCAUGUCUUUACAUUCCAUUGUCUUUGUUUGGAGGUGAGAGCAUGUCUUUACAUUCCAUUGUCUUUGUUUGGAGGUGAGAGCAUGUCUUUACAUUCCAUUGUCUUUGUUUGGAGGUGAGUUGAGUUGGCAGCCAAAAAUGCAGUUUACUACACUGCAUGGGCCUUUCUGUGUGUGACACAUUGGGGUCUUGAAAAGUGAAUCACCCACCAAUCAAUGAAAUGACCAGCUGGAUGCUAACAGACCAGACAAACUGCAAACAGUUUUCAGUAAAUCAACAAAUCAUUGUUUUCUGUGUAAUGUUGGAUUGGCUGAGUUUGUUCAAUGUCUUUGCUGCUUCAUAUUGAUUACACAUACUCUAAAUGCAUUUGGCUAUCAGGUCCUGAAAAUAUCUAAAGACCAUCUACAAUAAUUAAUCUGAAAAUGUUCCAUGUUUCAGUUGUAAGUAUCCUGAUUUGUCCGUACAGGAAUUGUACUCCAUUUCAAAUUCAGUCAUGCUUGUUAAUAAAUGCUUGUUCACAAAUCCUGUAUAAAUAUCUACUGUGAAAAAUGAUGGAUAAAUGUAUCAAGUUAUUUUUGUAUUUUUGUACUGAUAUUUGAAAUAAAAAUGUAAGAGAAUA